AUGGGUUAUCAUCCGCCAAGUCGUAUCAUUCGAUUCAACGGUACCUUUGAUCGUUCCUCAAUUUUCAAAGGCCCUCCUUCAGAAGCUGUAGACAAGGCUUGGGCUCGAAUUCUUCCAAUGGGAGUGAUGCGCAUUUCUGAAGAUGUGUUUCAAAAGUUAAACGCGUCUAGAUUUGCAGCCGUAGCACCACUGGAUGUUGGCGGUGGUCGGCUUGCGAUGUUUGAAGCCAUCCAUCUGAUUCAUUGCGUGAAAAGCCUUUGGAUGGCAACGUACCCAGACUACUACACCGAAGACUCCACGUACUCUAGACAACACCCCGAUGAAUGGCGAGACCAUAUCGACCACUGUGCAGACAUCCUUCGACAAAAACUCAUGUGUGAUGCGGACGCAAAUCUGAUAACAUACAAUUGGCUAAAAGGUCACUAUAUCCCGCACCCAAACUUCAACGUGCAGCACCAGUGUCGCGACUAUGAUCGGUUGUUGGAGGUGGCAGCUGAACAUAGAAUUGAUGGGAGCAUCUUUCCUAGUGGGUGGAUAUUGAGACCGACGGACAGGCCUGUGAUUGAGUUCGAUGAACCGCCUUUCGAUCCCAUGGCAGAUAGCUGA